AUGGCGCGUGUCACAGUGCGCGUGCUGGUGUCCGCGUGCCGUGCAGGACGGGGGAGGGGCGCGCCGCCCUGGCAGGGGCGCGCGCAGGCGCACAGCGCGGCAGCCGGGCCACGGCCGCCGCAGAGCGCCGGGGGCGGGAGGAGUGAACCAAGGAGGCCAUGGCCGCCGCCGGCUGCUGAGGAGCUCGGCCCGCGAGCGCCUGCCGCCGCGGACGAUGGUGACCACACGGGUCGGGUCGCUGCCGCCGCCGCUGCCGCCGCCUCCCAAAACGCAGCAUCUAAGGCCCGGCGUGGAGGAGCCGCCGCUGUGAGCCGCGCCGUCCCGGUCCCCGCCGCUGCCGCCCGAGGAGAACGGGAGGGUCGGCGAGAGAGCCGGGGAAUUGCGGAGCCCGUCCGUUCGCCGCGGUGCUGCCCCGCAGGGAGGGAGGCCGCAGCCCGAGAUUGGAUUGGACAGAGGGAUGCAAUUGAUGUUCUUCAGCAGAUGAGAAGAGGAAGAGCUAUGACUUUAAAAACUUAAAUUUUUCAUAUUGUUCAGGAUGAUUUGUUUGAUAUCUUUAUAUUCAAAACCAAAAUGUAGUGUUUUCAGGAAAGUGUAGAAUGAGGCCCCCCCUGUGUUUGCUAACCCAGAAACAUGAAUGGUGAAUUGUGUUAUACUUGUACAGGACAUUCUUGUGUCCGUAAGUAGCAAUUUGCUGCUUCCAAGCCUGGGAAAGUCAUUUAAUUAAAUGGUGUGAUCCUGUUUUUGGUUAGCUUUUGUUGAGCCUUUUUAUCCGUUAUUGAAAAGAAAGUAUGGAUUUUUUUUUUUUUUAAGCUCUUUUACUUUGUAAAGCAUCUUUAACUUUGAGUCACAUUUAGUUUCCAUUACUUGCUGAGACAGUUUGCCCUAGUGUAACUUUCCUAGUAGUUUAAACAUUUCAAGGAGGAGAUUUAAAAAUCUUGCAUGGGAGGUAAAGUAUAUGUGAGUGAACAAGGCAGGAAAUAUCACAUGUAUGGCUUUAGAGAGUGUCAAGCCUUUGGAUUUUCUUUGCCGUCACCUCUUCUGCUUAUUUUUGAGGAUUGUUUAGUGUUGUGUUGGUUUUAAGAGAAUUUGAGCUCCUUCUCACUUAGAAUGUGCUCUUCAGCUCUGUCCAACAAUAAAUCUAAGAGAAAGAUAAAUUGGGCUUGAACCAGACAUCUUAGAGAUAUAAUAAUGUCUCAGUCUAAGAGAGAAAACUCCAUUUUUAUUUCAUGUUUUUAAUUUAGUGAUUUGUCAGAUGUGAAUGAUAGCAGGUAUCUGCAAAUAAGAUAUAUUUCAACAGUUUAGGUAUUGGUUUAGUAUGUCGUACUCGAGUGUAGUGUAUGUAUUUAUUUAGGUAUUUAUGGAUUAAGGAUGAUCACAACCCUAUCGUAUGGCACUUCUACCGUGAAGGAUUCAAAAUGUUUUUGUUUUUUUUUUCCUCUUUCAAUUCUUACGGGUAACAUUUUAGAUUUGGUGUUCCGUGUUUUAAAUUUGUUUCUUCCACGUCCCUAUACGUGACCACCUUGCCAGUGACUUACUGAAAUACCACUCAUAUAUGGAAAUAAAUGAAACAUUUAGUCAGCAAUAUAUUUGUUAUUAAAAGGGCAUAUUUCUUUCUCCCCAAGGUCCUUCUUAAGAAUUCAGACAUUUGAGCCUUGAGUUUACCAGGCAAUAGAGUUUAGGGAUCUGUCUUGGAUAUUCUUCAGUAUUAAUAGCUUGAGGGACACAAGAUUUUCUUUUUAUUCUUGUUCUGUUAGUGAGGCAGGAGUAUUGGUAAUUAAGAGCUAACUUACCAUUCUGCUAAUGGUUUUUUGUAACAAGGAUAUGGCCCUCUGUAAGAAUUAAGGGGAUUUUUUUUUUUCCCCCGUAGCAGUCUGGGUCUUGAUUGACUAAUGCAGGAUUGAAUAUUUUGUUUAAUUUUUUUUCUUUACCUCUGUGAGAGCUACAAUAAAUAGUGAAAGUGGGCACAUUUAAAAAUAACAAAAUAUGGGAGUUCCCAUUGUGGUACAGCGGGAGCGAAUCCAGCUAGUAUCCAUGAGGAUGCAGGUUUCAUCCCUGGCCUCACUCCGUGGGUCAAGGAUCCAUU